CUCGGACGGAAAGACGGAAAACGACGCCGGGACGGAGACCAAUCCGGGACAGAGACCAACGACGACGACGACGACGACGACCACGAACCGGCCGCCGCCCACGGGCAUGGAAGGAUGGACAACGAGCAGCCACACCAGGAGCUGGUAAAAUGUGUCCUCGUCGGCGACACGGCCGUCGGCAAGACGCGCCUGAUCUGUGCCCGGGCCUGCAACAAGCACGUCUCGCUGUCCCAGCUGCUCAACACGCAUGUGCCAACCGUCUGGGCCAUUGACCAGUACCGGAUCUACAAGGAUGUUUUAGAGCGAUCGUGGGAAAUUGUAGAUGGUGUUAACGUGUCCCUGCGCCUCUGGGACACCUUCGGUGACCAUGAUAAGGAUCGGCGGUUCGCUUACGGUCGUUCCGACGUGGUGCUACUGUGCUUCUCAAUCGCAAAUCCGGUCUCGCUGCGAAACUGCCGGGCCAUGUGGUACCCGGAGAUACGCAAGUUCUGCCCGGACACACCGGUCAUCCUGGUCGGGUGCAAGAACGACCUGCGGUACAUGUACCGCGACGAAACCUACCUGUCCUACUUCGGCGAACGGAGCCCGUUCGUGCGGGCGGCCCGGAAGUCCGACCUGGUGAUGCCGGACGAGGCGCGUGCCGUUGCGAAAGAGCUCGGCGUCGCGUACUACGAGACGAGCGUGUUUACGUACUUUGGCGUAAACGAGGUGUUUGAGAACGCGAUCCGGGCCUCGCUGAUCGCCCGCCGUGAGCAUCGCUUUUGGAUGACGAACUUGAAGCGAGUUCAGCGGCCUUUACUACAGGCCCCGUUCCGACCGCCGAAACCUCCGCCGCCGGAAGUAACCGUCAUUACCGGCACCCAUACGAAGGACAUGCUUAACAUGUUCAAUUCCCAGUGCUAUACAGAUCUAGUAUUAAUUGUCGGUACUAUACGUUUUUCCGUACAUAGAUUUAUGUUAGCUAGUAGUUCUAAUGCAUUUCAUAGGUUACUAACGAUGGACAUCAGUGACAUUGGCGCCCGGAGCAGCAGCGAGUCCAGCAUGGUGAGCUCGACGUUCGGCGAGUCGACGACGGCCGACUUCAACGAGGACACGGAGUGUUUAAUACGGCUCGAGCAGAACAAAGCUCCCAACCGAAUGUGGGAGCAGCUAAAGCGUAGAUCCAGCUAUCAGGCAUUGCCAACGGUGGAACCGAAGAAAGAUCUCUAUCGGGAGCUGCACCAUCCCGUGUUUCAAAGUAUUAGAGUGUUCCAGAUCGACAGUGGAAGGCACAGCUACACGCAAACGCAAACCGUCAUCCAGAUCAGCAAGGUGAUCACCCCGCAGGCGAUGCAGCAGUGCCUGAAGUUCAUCUACACCGGCACGAUCGACCGGGAUUGUCUAGAUCUGCAGGAAAUACGGCAGGCGGCGGAGUUUCUCGAACUUCCCCAGCUGAUGGUGCUUCUGUCCAACACCCAGGCGAAUCAAAGCUUCAUGAACGACGAAACGAUUCAGCAUUACUCAACGUGUAUGAAACAAAAUCUGGAGAAAUAUUGUGUUCAGAACGGUGUGUUCGGUGAUAUCACGUUCGAGCUGGACGAUGGCCACAUGAAGGCCCACCGUGCCAUGCUGGUCGCGCGCUGUGAUGUGAUGAAAGCGAUGCUGAACGGUGACUUCCGUGAGGCGCAUGCCAACUUGAUCGUACUUCCCGGUGUGACGGAGUACACGUUCCACAAGCUGCUGUGCUAUCUGUACACCGACGAGAUACCGCCCAUCUCGGCGGACAAAUGUUUGAACCUGCUCGAGCUAGCCAACCGACUGUGUCUGCCCCGGCUGCUGAAUCUGGUCGAGUGUCGGGUGAUCGAGGAUCUGCUCCGGAUGUCGCAGAACGAAACGAGCGAGGCGGUAGAACACUGUCUCCGGCUGCUGGAACCGGUGAAGCUGCACAACGCACACCAGCUCGCCGAAUGGUGCAUGUCGUACCUGUGCGUCAACUACAACAGCAUCUGCCGGCUGUCACCGCGCAGCCUCAAGGGUCUUCACCCGGACAAUCAGGACUAUCUGCGCGAGCACCGCUGGCCCCCGGUGUGGUAUCUGAAGGACUACGACUACUACCAGCGCUGCAUGAACGAGCUGAGCCGCGAGCUAAACAGUGGCAAAAAAGACUGCACCACGGACGACAAAGGGUGUCUGUGCUUUUCGGGAGUGUUUUUCUGGCUAUUAGGGAAAUCGAAGCGUUCCGCUGCGACGGCCAAAUCGGCCAUUCAAGGUGGCAAGGCGACGACGGUCACCGAUCAGCAUGACGCGGUCAGCACCAGCCUCUUCCAGUCAAACGCCAACUCGGUCAACCAGCUCGAUCCGGAACAUGACGCCGGUGAUCUUUGACAUCAGGCCGACGGCCCGUGGAGAUCGCUCCGUUUCAUCGUAAUCCUGCCGGUACUGAUCUGCUUUAUCUGCACCAUCCUGAGCAUCCUGAUCAUCUUCCAGAUCUACACAUAAUAUUUACUGCAACGGUAGCCACCGUUGGACGACGGCUAUUGACGAACGAGGCAAAACGAGGCGAAAACGAACGGCAUCUCAAGGUCAUGGGGCGCACUUUCGCGCCCGGAACGAAAUCACAUUGCGAACGAAUGAAUCGCAUGCAGUUUGAUUAAUUAAUUUUACUCCUACACAGAACCUAAUUUUCCCAUUGCCCAUCUCACAUCCCAACCGGAGCUUACAAAUGAAAACAUUUAUCCACGGGUCGUCGAAUGAAGAGACAACGCGUUUCUAUCGUCCACCAUGCAGGACGUUCAAACAUUUUCUAACAUAUAGGAAGCAUUUUCUGCCCUCAGCCCUCAGGAGAUGUGCCAGUUAAGCACACAAACACACACACACACACACAUACAGACAAGAUUGGUUAAGUGUAGCUAAACGAAAAACCAAGCGAAACAUGAUGGUGCGCACCAUUUGAAUGCAUUCUACUAGAAAGCUCGCGAAAUUAGGUUGACAAUUUUAGGGCGAAGGGAAAAGCGAUAAACGUGGUGUCUACUAUCUAUGUGUUAGUAUGCUUAGUGGCCGGAACAGCCUACAUGCAAGGAGGGGGCCAGUAACAGGUGAGACAUCAACCAAUAAUAUGAUCCUACAGUGAGAGAAGCACGCAAAGUGUAUUAUUGUAGGCUAGAACCAGCCUAGAGAGAAAGUAUAUUAUUUUCUACCCCAAAAACUAUGACUGAGAGCAAACAAGCGGACGGAAGUAGUGGAUUGAAAAGAUAGGCAAAAGGGAAAACCGCUCUCAGUAGCGUUCAGGAUGCAGCAACGAAAUUCUGUGGCAGGAAAUUAAUGGCCAAUUGAAAAGCAUUAAACCGUAACCCAAAGCAUUCAGCGAAGACGUUUCGUCUAAACACUACUAUCACUACUAUGGUGCGUUAAGGAGUGUGUUCCGUUCGGGAUUAUUAGUUCCUUUAAUACAUACCUACUCGUACACACACAUACACACAUACACGCAUACACACAACACCUACUUUGAAAGCAAGGUAGAAGGACUUGCAAUAAAAAGUCGCGUAAGCAGUAUAUGUUUUUACGUUAAGUA